CGGAUGUGACCGUCAGUUCGAAUAAACAUGGCGGACGCAGCACAGCCUGAACCGCAGGAUUUAGAGAUCAAGAUUCAGGAAACGCGUGAGAAGUUUAAAAAUGAUUUCGUUCAAGACUCCAUGCAGAAGUACGACAGCAGAGACGUGGAGCGACUGUUUAAAGACGACGCGCUGGUGGAAAGCUACCUCACGUGGAGGCAGUUCGUGGUGGAGGACACGCUGAAGAUGAUCGACGAGAGUUUUCAGUGGAGAAAAGAGUUUAAUUUGAACGAUCUGACUGAAAGCAGUAUUCCACGCUGGAUGUUUGAAACCGGAGCUGUUUAUCUUCACGGCUACGACAAAGAAGGCAACAAACUCUUCUGGUUCAAGGUGAAGCUUCACGUUAAAGACGCCAAGACGAUUAUGGACAAAAAGAAGUACGUGGCUUUCUGGCUGGAGCGCUACGUUAAGCGUGAACCCGGCAUGCCUUUAACCGUCGUCUUCGACAUGUCCGAAUCCGGCCUCAGCAACAUCGAUAUGGACUUUGUGAAGUACAUCAUCAACUGCUUCAAAGUUUACUAUCCCAAAUUUUUGUCCAAAAUGAUCUUGUACGAGAUGCCCUGGAUUAUGAACGCUGCGUGGAAGAUUGUUAAGACGUGGCUCGGCCCAGAGGCCAUCAGCAAGCUGAAGUUCACCACCAAAAGCGAGGUCCAGAUGUACAUCGACGCCGAGCAUCUGCCCCCGCACAUGGGAGGGACGGACCAGUUUAAAUACAGCUACCCGCCGCUUCCGGACGACGACUUCCAGUCUCCGAUUUGUGAGAACGGACCAAUCGUUAGCGAGGACGAGAGCGAGAUCAAGGACACGGAGUCGGAGUGUAAAGAAAGUCUGGAGUCCAGCUUUAACACGGAAAUAACCGUCAAGAGCAAGAAGGUGAAUUUUGCAGAAGAAUCAGACAGAACUGAAAGUUUGAGUCGCCUCAGAGGAGCCAGGAAACCUUUGACCACUUUUAAGGGCACUUUGCUGCACGUCAGUCCCGCUGAGGAACUCCGUUUCGGCUCCAGAGAAACGGAGAAGAAGUGUCUCAUCAUCCUGAACAACAUCACCAAAAAUCAAGUGGCGUUUAAGGUACGAACGACAGCGCCGGAAAAAUACCGCGUUAAGCCAAGCAGUAGCACCUGUGAGCCUGGAGCCAACGUAGACAUUUUAGUUUCGUUACACGGAGGCUUCCAGGCAUCUCCUCAGGACCGGUUCUUGAUCAUGGCAGCCGAGAUGGAACCAAACGCUGGAACUUCAGAUCUUUCUCAGUUCUGGAAAGAAGUAUCGAAAUCAAAAAUCAUGGAGCACAGGCUUCGGUGUCACGUUCUCGAGCCUCCGAAAUCUAUAUUGAGCAGUUCAAAUGAAAGCAUUUCUGUAACUUCUACCAGCGACGCACAUGAUCUACAGACAGCGCUAACGCGGAUCAUGACCACUACCUCGCGUCUGGAACAGAAACUGGAGAUGUGUUUAUGGGUGCAGAAGGUUCUUCUCGUCAUGGUUUCAGUCCUGAUGGCUUUCAGUUUCUCCACCAUGUAUUCACUGUGGAGAUCGUAGACUGGACACAUUUCCAGCACAUAAAUAAAAUACACGACCAAUAAGCUGCUGAGGAUCAGAGGAUCCGUACGACGUCAUCGGCUCACAGCUGCCUCUGUCCUAACUGAGCGGAGAACUUCCUUGUAUGAUCGAGACUUCAUCAGUUCCUUGUUAGUAAUAAUGUUAUUAAUAAUGUAUUUUUUAUGACUUAUCAUGAAAUGUUUAAUUUAUAACAGAUGCAGCGUAGCUUGUAUAGUAAUUGUUAAGCGACAUCAUUUUGUGAUCCAUUGUAUAAAUCAAAGAAGCAGGUUUGUAUAUAUAUAAAUUUAAAAAAUAAAUCUUUUUAACUGCCA